GUUUCGAGGCAUUAAAGCCUAAAAAGGAAGGAAAGAGAAUUGGAAAGCUCAACGUUGAACCCCGCUUUCUUUUCAUCGUCAUCUCUCUUUUUUUUUUUUUUACUAAUUUCAUUCCUACAUCUCUCUCUCCAUUACACAUUAUCCAUUUCUUACCCGCUUCUUUACUAGCAAUAAAUUCCCUCAUAUACCACCUCUCGCUUUCUUCCUCUUCCUCUCUGCUCUGUCUUUCAUUCACUUCUCUUUUUUGAUGGGAUGGAACUGUUGUCAGCAUAUCCGUGCCUACGUCUUCUUCUUCUUUUCUUGUAACUUCACUUCUCUCUUAGUACUUUUGGAGUCCACAGUUUCCAAGUUUUUCCAUUUCCUGCUAAAUUCCUCACUUCAACUUUCCCUCUCCUUUUCACGGUUUAUCUGAGAACUGCCACUGCGCCCCCUUACCCACAUCAGAUUCUUCCUCUCAGGGUCAAAGAUUUGAUUAACUGAUAGGAAUGAAGAAUUGAAACGCAGAAAAAUAGAAAAGGAGUUGAAAGCUAGCGCUAGCCUAGCCGAGUGUUGCAGCAAUAUUAGGCUGUUGAAAUCCAGUAGGUGUUUAGGUUAAGCAGGUUUGGGGUUGGCAUUUUGGAGUUAAGGGAUGGAAUCAUCGUCAUCUGCUUCGUUUAAAAGAGCUCGGGCGCCUGCCACCGGAAACCAAGUACCUUCAUGCUUGGUUGAUGGUUGCACUGCGGACCUCAGCAAAUGCAGGGACUACCAUCGACGCCAUAAAGUAUGCGAAGUCCACUCUAAGACCCCCAAAGUUACUAUUAGGGGUCAAGAACAGCGCUUUUGCCAGCAGUGUAGCAGGUUUCAUUCGUUGGUGGAGUUCGAUGAAGUGAAACGAAGCUGCAGGAAACGUCUUGAUGGACAUAACAGACGACGGCGAAAGCCUCAACCCGAUUUCAUGUCUGUAAAUUCAGGAAGGUUGCCAUACAAUCACCAAGGUACUCGAUAUUUCCCAAUCGGUAGCUCUCAAAUGCAUUCUUGGAUGGGAGGUGUGAAAGUGGAAAGUGAUAUGAAGUUGAUAAACUUCAGCGGCGGAAAUAGCUUGUUCCCUGGAUUCUCAUCUGAUAACCACCACAAAGGAGAAAAGCAUUUCUCAUUCUUACAAACCACCGCUUCAUCACACCCUGGAAGUGGUUCCCUUUGUCAACCGUUUCUCGAGGCGUCAAGCAGUGGUGACAACAGCCGGAAAACGUUCUUCUAUGAGUUGAAUCAAUCUAUUGACUCUAAUCGUGCUCUCUCUCUUCUGUCAUCGCAACCGGCUGAGACUCGGGAGAUAGGUUUGAGCCCCUUGGUGCAGCCUGCCUCUUCUUCCUUCUUCAUCCCAAACUUGCAAUUUAAUGAUGUAGGAGGAAUGGGAGGUGAGCCAGUCGGGACCGCCAUUUUGGAUGCCGAUGUUGGAGGUAACAACAGCCACCUCCAAGGGCAUGAAAUGUUCCAAAAUGAACAUCUUGGUUCCUCUGCAACUGGUGCUCACCAUACACUCUCCUUCUCAUGGGAGUGAAUAUCUGCCCUUUCCAUUAUUCCUUCAAAUCAGAUGGUUUUGAGUAAUAAAACGAAAAGGGUUAUCCCUUUAAAUUAGAAUGUUUAAAGCCCAUAUUAUGCGGUUGCAAAUUUAUGAACUUGUUUGUGUUUUGCUUUCAGAAUAUUUAAUGAACUUUUGUUUAAAUA